UCAGUCGCCGCGCGCGUGGGUUGCCUGGUCUGUGACGACUCCCUGCCCCUGGGGGUCUGCGGUUGGAUCGGGUCGCGAGAGUCUCGCGCCGGGCCGGCAGCAUGUCCGACAACGAGGACAACUUCGAUGGUGAUGACUUUGACGAUGUGGAGGAAGAUGAAGGGCUAGAUGACUUGGAGAACGCAGAGGAGGAGGGUCAAGAGAAUGUAGAAAUCCUUCCAUCUGGAGAGAGACAGCAGGCAAAUCAGAAGCGAAUCACAACUCCAUACAUGACCAAAUAUGAGCGAGCCAGAGUCCUGGGCACUCGUGCACUCCAGAUAGCGAUGUGUGCUCCAGUCAUGGUAGAGUUGGAAGGAGAGACAGAUCCUCUGCUGAUUGCAAUGAAAGAACUCAAAGCUCGGAAGAUUCCCAUAAUCAUCCGCAGGUACCUGCCAGAUGGAAGCUAUGAAGACUGGGGUGUGGAUGAGCUAAUUAUCACAGACUGACCUGCUUCCUGUCAUUGUCCCUGGUUCCUCCUUCACCUGCAGAUGCUUUUAUUUUUGUUUAUAUUUGUGUAAAUAAAUAAUAAACCCCUAUUUUU